UUUUCAGGCACUGAAUUAACAACAGCAACUGUUCAGUUUCAUUUUCAUGUUGGCAGUAAAAAGAAAUAAGGGCUCCCAUAACCAGCUGCCUGGAUAGCCAGCUCACAGCACCACUGCCCAUGGCCAUGACUCAGGCCCUCGGGAGCCCCAGUGCAGGGCAGACCUGUGCUCUGAUCCUGAUCUUCACUGUGCUGCUGCAGGCCCUCUGUGUGGCUGUUACCUACAUGUACUUCACUAACGAGCUGAAGCAGAUGCAGGACAAGUACAAGGGCAGCAUCGCUUGUUUCCUGAAGGAAGAUGACAGCUCCUGGGACCCUGGCGAUGAAGAGAGUAUGAACAGCCCCUGCUGGCGCGUCAGGUGGCUUGUUAGAAAGAUGAUUUUGAAAACCUAUGAGGAAACCAUCCCUACAGUUCCAGAAAGACAACGAAGUAUUCCUCCCCGAGUAGGGCAAAGACAUUCUCAGAGAGUUGCAGCUCACAUAACUGGGAACAGACGAAGAAGCAACACGCUGUCUAUGUUAGGCUCCCAAAAUGAAAAAGUUUUGGGCCAGAAAAUAAACUCCUGGGAGUCAUCGAGGAAAGGAUUUUCAUUCCUGAACAGUGUGCUCUUGAGGAAUGGAGAGCUGGUCAUCCAAGAAACAGGGUUUUACUACAUCUAUUCCCAAACAUACUUUCGAUUUCAGGAAGCUGAGGAAGUUAUAGGAACAGUUCCAAAAGAAGAGAACAGAAGGAAAAACAAACAGAUGGUACAAUAUAUUUACAAAUACACGAGUUAUCCUGACCCUAUACUGCUGAUGAAAAGCGCUAGAAAUAGCUGCUGGUCUAAAGAUUCAGAGUAUGGACUCUAUUCCAUCUACCAAGGGGGAAUAUUUGAGCUUAAGCAACAUGACAGAAUUUUUGUUUCUGUAACUAAUGAGGAAUUGGUAGACAUGGAACAAGAAGCCAGUUUUUUUGGAGCCUUUUUAGUUGGCUAAGUGCUCGCACCAUGAAGAUAUCACAACAGAUCUGACCCCAGAAAUGCAACCCAAAUGGAACAGCCUUGGCCAGAAAAACUCCCCAAUACACACCUUUUUAAUAUCUCUGAAAGUGAUCCUCUUAUUCCAAAGAAAUGGAAUCUCUGAAUAAUUUUUCAGGGCUCUACUUCAUAUCAGUUUACUAGCAGAGAUCUCGAAGGUUCUCAGCUUCUAAACAUUCAUGCAGUGAUUAAUACCUUGUCUUCAUCAUCUACUCCUUGCAAAGAUUCUAGAAGAAAGAGAAACAGUUCUUAAAUAGUCUUUCAGGGGUAGCUUCCAGGUUGCCAUAAGAGGCAGCAUUCUCAAGAAGAGAAAGGGGCAUCACUAAAAGAUCAUGGUCUUCUGGGGUAGCUCUCUAUCAAAUGAAUACAAUGUGAAAGUGAGUCUGUUUUGUGCAAAACUUGCAGGAUAAUCUCAUACACCUGGAUAUGCUGGAUAUGGUGGGAAAUUCCACUCAGAGUGCUAUCAUUUUUUUCAAGGAUUAACUACCUUUUAUUUUUAUUUCUUUAUUUUUUAAACCCAUCAAUUUUCUUCUACAUUCUUUCACAUUUCCAAGAAACUUCCUGUUCCAAUGUCUUUUUGCAUCUUUAGCAUCUUUUUCCAAAUGACAAAACAGGAUGGAAAGUUUCCCAAUAUGUAGAACAAAAUAGCAAACUCUUACUCAUGAAAUGGAUAAGCAAAAAUACAUGGUGAUCAACAAUACUCAUAUACUUAGGUACGUAAUUUAAAUAAAUCUUCUAUUAAAAUAAACGAUAUUCAGAAAUUACCAAGAGGAAACAAAGAUAAAUUUCCAAAAUUUUAUAGAACAAAGACACAAAAUUUUAUGGAACAAAAACACAAAAUUUACACACUGUUAGUUACCCCAGUGCACCCUAGCCCUAAAUUACUAAGAAUGCAGACUGCUGUCUUCAAACACCGAGAAAAGAAUAUAAGUCAUUUCACAGCAAGCAAUAUAAGCUACUUGAUGUGCCUGGACAACUUGCAUUAGCCCUGGCUCUGGCUUAGCAUCCCCCAAAUGGCCCUGGCUGCAACUCCACUUCAGGCUCCCACAUUUGAGACUCUCAAAGCCUCUUCAUACAGUUGUGGGGAGGAUCUGGGAUUGCACCUAUAGAUGUGGCCACAUACUGCAGGACUUUCAUCUUGGUGGUUUCUGCAUGGGUCCUCAGACCCCACAGAGACUCACAGCACACAGGAUCUCUGUGGGCACCUGCCAAUACUCCAGGUGUUUCUCCUGCUCCCAGUUGGAGGUGAUGAGCUUCUGGGUAUCCCCA